AUGGCGAUGCAGCGUGCUGGUGCUGCGCCUCUUCCUCGCGGGGUCCCUGGCAGGACUGCCUCAACUGGUCGGCCCACCGUGAACCAAACCGAUCUGACCGUCACCAUCGCCUCUGCUAACGUCCAGACGUUGCUCCCGCACCAGGAGGGGCGCGCGUACUCCCACAACUCGAUAAAUCCGCUUUUGAGCAAGGUGGAGGCCCUUGAGACCCAGUUCAUGCACGCUCAACUUGACAUCAUAGGCGCGCAAGAGGGGCGGGCUCGAACAGAGGGGUCGCAGACAGGAGUAUACUACAAGCGCCUCAUCGGAGCUGCAACGCCAGAGGGCGCUCAAGGAGUUCAGCUGUGGGUCCGCUUGGGCGCCCACGUGCAGGUGCUUCACUGGCAGAACGUCUCACCUCGGAUGAUGUUUGCGUCGCUGCAGCUCCGGAACGGGGCUCUCCUUGUAGUUGUAGUCGCGCAUGCGCCGCAUAUGGGAUGGUCGGAGGAGGCCCGCCAUGACUUUUCGCACCUACUGAGCGAGACCAUGUCUACAGUACGUGCCAAAUUUCACACAGCCCAUAUCCGGAUCGCUAUCGAUGCCAACGGGCGCACGGGGUCCACAGCCCCCCAGUAUAUUGGCACUGUGGACGCCGAGGUGUAUGCCGUCAACACGUUCUGGCCAGCUUGGACUACUUGGUGUUCUACUCGUGGGCACCGCCGUCGCAUCGACUACAUCUUGGCCGACUCCAAGGACCUCGUGACGCAGUGCCGGGUUGCGCCUGACAUCGAUUUGACUUUCAACGAAUAUGAAGAUCAUCGGCCCAUCAUUGUCACCGAGCGUAUCCCGGCAGCGGCCCACCAGGGCUGCAGCCAGCAGCCGGCGAUGUUCAAGGUGAACAAGACGGCGCUGGGGCGUCCCCAGCUCUGCGACUUGUUCCAGCAGCGCGUCUGGGAGUACCAGUGCCCUGCCAAUGCCACAAUGGACGAGUGGUUGGAAUCCUUGAACUCUCACGUUCGACAGUGUGCUCGGGAAGUGUUUGGCCCUCCAGAGGACGCCCCCAGGCAGGCGUGGAUUUCUGCUACGACGUGGGAGAUCAUACGGCUGAUCGCCCCUGCCCGGCGGGCCAUGCAUGAAGUGCGCCGCGGCGCGUUCCCCGCGGCCGUCCGCGGGGCUUUCCGGGUGCGGCAGGCAGCUUAUAUGAAGGCUCGUGCGCGCCCCCCGCCGAGCGUGAAGUUCACCAUGUGGGUUGUUGUUGGCGACGCGCUUGACAACAUCACUAUCUGCAACGAGGCCCGGUGGCGCGCGGCAGCGUGGCGCAGAGGGAUCAGGCGACUCCAGAACUGGGCCCGACCGUCGCUUGCUGCCGACCGUGCUGCUUUCCUCCAGGCGUUAGCCGGAAGAGCCCAGCACGCCAUGCUCACGUCAGACAUGCGCACUGGCUAUGCCGUUGCUCGGGCCCCCGGUGCGAAGAAGAGUGCGCCAACUUCUUCGGUGAGGCGCAAAGACGGGGCUCUAACCACGUCCACCCGCGAGGCCACGGAGCGCUGGGAGGAGCACUACUCGGAGGUAUAUCGAGGGCAGGCCCUCGAAGACAGCGCCAACAGUUACCCUCCAGAUGUGUGCGACACCAAAGCUGUGGCCGAUUAUGGCCCUGAGUCGACGCGCGUAGCGUUCGGCAGGCUUGGCCGCAACAAAGGUGUCGGGCCUGAUCAGAUCCCUGGGGAACUCCUUGCUGCCGGAGGCUGUGCCACUGCGUCCAAGUAUGGGGACAUCAACGCGGCCGUAGCAUCCUCCACACGCCGGCCCUCGCAGUGGCAGGGCGGGGAGAUUGUCAGCGCUUGGAAGAAGAAAGGCAGCGCGCACGAGUGUGAUGACCACCGCGGACUCCUCCUAUCAGAUCAUGCUGGCAAAGCGCUGACUGGCAUGCUCAAGCGGUCGAUUGAGGACGUGUACACUGCCAAGAUGCCCAUCAACCAGCACGGGGCUGUGGCCGGCAGGGGCACCGACUUCGCAUCGCAAAUCGUUGCCACGAUGGCCGACAUCGCCUCGAUGAUGGGCUGGAGCAUCUUUAUUCUGUACUUGGAUCUUGUCACAGCGUUCGACAGAGUGAUCCGUCAGCUAGUGAUGGGAUGGGGGCAAAUACCUUGUGACUGGCAGUUCGACUUCCUCCGCGAUCUGGGUGUCUCUGAGGAGUCGGCAGCAUGGAUCGCCGAGUACUUGACCGAGCGCGGCCCUCUUCUCGAGCAAUGGGGGGUCCUCUGCGACGCCCGCGACAUGAUCCGGACGCUGCACGAAGGCGCCUGGCACAGCGUACGCGGUGGCACGCGGCGCUUUUCUUCACACACCGGGGGUCGCCAGGGGUGCCGCCUAGGCGCCGUGGUCUUCAAUAGUACAUACAGCAUAGCAUUGGACGCGCUGCAUUGGCGUCUCCAGCGCGCCGGAGUUGCGCUAAACGUGCACACUCCUGAGGGCGCAUUUUGGAAUCGCCCCGCUCCCGGCAAUCCUGCCUCCCAGGCCGCGCUGGACGUCACGUUUGUUGAUGACGAGGCAAUUUUCCUCGUGGCGUUGUCGGUGACCGCCAUGAUGACGAGCAUCCACAUCGUUCUCGACACGCUUACCUCGGUAUUCAGAUCUUGCCACCUAGAGCUGAAUUUGGGCCCCGGCAAGUCCGAGUGCGUUCUUCGUCUCCGGGGGACUGGAGCCGCUACCGCGCUCGAGAAAUGGCGGCAGCCGGACGAGAGUUUGGGCAUACCGCUACAACAGUACGGGCACGACGGACUGCUCCGCAUUGUGCCUUGGUACAAACACCUUGGCUCUACCCUCGACAGCCUUGGCAUGCACGUGGGCAACGUCUUACAUCACAUCAAGAGCGCUAUGGGUGCUUACGCCCCCUUGGCCAUGAAGUUGUACGGGUCUACGCUCAUUGCCGAUACGUUCCGCGUUAUGUUCUUUCGGAGCCUGGUGGUUAGCCGUUUGAUCUUCAACCUCCAUAUCUUCGUAGUGAAGCCCAAGGAAAUCAGACGGCUGAACCAUGUGUACAUGCGCGGUCUUCGCCGCAUUCACGGGGACCCCAGAUUCUCAGCUAACACGCACUACCGCGACGCGGAGCUGAGAGAGAGGAUGAGCAUGCCUUCCAUCGACUGCGUGCUAAGCGUUGCGCGAUGGCGGUACGUGGGCCGCGUUGUCCGGAACCGUCCCCUUACGCUUAUCAGCUUGCUCCAUUUCCGCAAGGGGGAGCAAUGCCUUCCCUGGGUGCGAGCGCUGCAGCACGACGCUACGUUUCUGCAGGCUCGAGGCUUUUUCUCGGACUUGCCUUCUUUCGACACGCACCCGCCGACUUGGCAGGAGGCCAUGCUCGAUGAGCGAGGGUGGAGCAGGAGGUGGAGCGCCUCGAUGCUCUCGAUAAGGUGGCCCGCCGUGACGCCCAGCGUCAAGGCCACUCCCACGUCAUCGCAGCCCUCCCUGCCGUGA